UAGUAUAAUGAAUGAAAUUGAUGAAAGUAUGAGGGGUAUUUUAGACAAAAGACAUGCAUAGUUUAUUUGCGAAACUGUUUUGCUGAACCUAUGUGCAUUUAAGUCCCAUGUCAUGGACAUAUUUACCAUUGACCCCUUAUUUUACGCUACACCUGAUAAAUUUUAUCGAGUAAUAAUAAUAUCCAGCCAUUACAUCAAUACACAUUUUUACACACAUUCAUCGAUAAUUUUAUUUAUGCCGCACCUUAUGAAUUUUGUUAGAUAAUAUCCGGUCAUACACGUGUAUAUACUCAAUAUUGGGUAAACCUACACCCUCGUAUAAUAACUUGCAAACCGUACGAGGAACGUGACCUAGCGAAUGUUGACAAAGAGAUUCGAACUUGAGUCAAUUGACACAAGCUCACUCUCUCUCCACCGCUAGGCCAUCCUUGCAAGACAAAUUGCAUUCAAAUGUUUGAAUUGGGGCAUUCCAAAAAUAGAACUUUGCCACCUAUAUUUGUUUUUUUAUAUAUGAUUGUGUGUAUGCAUCGGCCAGACUAAACGCACACACCAACACCUAGAACCAAAUUUCCUUUCUCCAACAUUUAUACAAAGCCACACACCAACUCAUUAUUUCACACACACACACACACACACACCUCAAAACAAACAAGAAAAAAACAAAGCAAGAGAAAUAUAUAAUUACUACUCCCACCCCCACACACUUUGCUUUGGGGAGUGCAAGUGCAAGCUUGCUUUGCAACUAUCAAAGCUGCAGCCCACUCUGCAAAACUGUGCUUGCCCCCUCCAAACAAAAUAUAAAACUUAUACCAUUCUCAUCUUCUUUUAUUUCUCCUCUGUGCACAACAAAAUACUCAGUACCCCAUAAACCAUAAAUAAAAAAAAAAAAAAACCACUUGGUUUUAUUUCUUCAUUGUUUUCACACCGAAUACUCAUCUCUUCCACGUUUGUUCCGUCGAAAACUAGCGAGAGUGCGAUGAUAAGCCUAGGUGAUUUUUACCACGUUAUGACGGCGGUGGUGCCGCUCUACGUGGCGAUGAUACUAGCUUACGGCUCCGUUAAGUGGUGGAAGAUCUUCACGCCCGACCAGUGCUCCGGCAUCAACCGCUUCGUCGCCUUAUUCGCCGUCCCUCUCCUCUCCUUCCACUUCAUCGCCAGCAAUAACCCCUAUGCUAUGAACCUGAGGUUCAUCGCAGCGGAUACACUACAAAAACUCAUCGUACUCGCGGUUCUCGCCGUGUGGGCUAAUUUCAGCAAAAGGGGCUGCCUCGAGUGGACAAUUACCCUUUUCUCCCUGUCGACCCUGCCCAACACACUCGUUAUGGGGAUCCCUCUGCUGAAGGGCAUGUACGGCGACUUCUCCGGGAACCUGAUGGUGCAGAUCGUCGUGCUCCAGUGUAUUAUCUGGUACACUUUGAUGCUGUUCAUGUUCGAGUACAGGGGAGCGAGGAUGCUGAUCUCCGAGCAGUUUCCCGGCACGGCGGGGUCGAUCGUAUCGAUCCACGUGGACUCCGACGUCAUGUCGCUGGACGGGCGGCAGCCGCUCGAGACGGCGGCCGAGGUCAAGGAGGACGGGAAGCUCCACGUCACCGUGCGGAGAUCGAACGCUUCGCGGUCGGAUAUCUACUCGAGGAGGUCGGUGGGCUUUUCGUCGAACACCCCGCGUGCGUCGAAUUUGACGAACGCGGAGAUUUACUCCCUGCAGUCGUCGAGGAAUCCAACUCCGAGAGGGUCGAGUUUCAACCACACCGACUUCUACUCCAUGAUGCAGGGCGGUGGGACUGGGAGGGCAUCGAACUUCGGCGCAAAUGACGUUUAUGCCCUCCCGAAUUCUAGGGGCCCCACCCCGAGGCCGUCGAAUUUUGAGGAGGAAAGUGGAAACAAUAUUAAUGGAAGCAAAGCAACGUUCUACCAUGGCGGCGGUAAUAAUAAUAGUAAUAGUAAUAGUAGUAGUAACGCGCAUUAUCCAGCGCCGAACCCAGGUAUGUUUUCUCCGGCGGGUUCGAAAACAAAUGCGGCGGCGAAGAAGCCAUUAAAUGAAGGUGGGAAAGAUCUACACAUGUUUGUAUGGAGCUCGAGCGCUUCUCCAGUUUCGGAUGUUUUUGGAGGUUCGUUAGACCACCAUGGCAGAGAAGUUAGGGUUCCUGUUUCACCUACUAAAGGGGAAGGGCAAAGAGAGCAAGAAGACAAUAAUUACAUGGAGAGAGAAGAGUUGAGGUUUGGGAAGAGAGAGAAUGAAGGUGAGAAAAUGGGAGGUGGAGAUGAGAACAAAGUGAAAUUAAUGCCACCAACAAGUGUGAUGACGAGGCUGAUUUUGAUCAUGGUUUGGAGGAAACUCAUCAGAAAUCCCAACACUUACUCCAGCUUGAUUGGCCUUACUUGGUCUCUUGUUUCUUUCAGGUGGCAUGUUGAAAUGCCGGCCAUUAUAGCAAAGUCCAUCUCCAUAUUGUCGGAUGCAGGUCUUGGCAUGGCCAUGUUCAGUCUUGGUCUAUUCAUGGCAUUGCAACCGAGGAUAAUAGCAUGUGGGAAUAGUGUGGCAGGAUUUGCAAUGGCUGUUAGAUUCCUUACAGGGCCAGCUGUCAUGGCUGCUGCUUCCAUUGCUGUUGGCCUUCGUGGUGUUCUCUUGCGAGUCGCCAUCGUUCAGGCUGCUCUGCCUCAAGGAAUUGUCCCCUUUGUUUUUGCUAAGGAGUAUAAUGUACACCCCGAUAUACUCAGCACCGGGGUCAUAUUCGGGAUGCUAAUCGCUUUGCCAAUAACGUUAGUCUACUACAUUUUGUUGGGGCUAUGAAACCGGGAUUGAACGAGCGAUUCGUAAAAGAAAUGAUGCUAAAAAAAGCUUCAUUCGGAAAGCUAAGAACGUUUGGCAUCGAAAUGAAUUUGGACAAGAAGUCCUUGAGAUCCAAACCAAGUGAGGAAAGAAGUGAAUUGUGUUUCCUAGUAAAAGAUAUGAAAUCAUGUUUCUAAUUGUUUUUUUUAUUUUCAAAGAAUUAGUACUCACACCAAGGAAUAGAGGUAAGAAAAUAGGGGGAUGGUGCCCUUUAAUUUCCUUUUGAUGCAAAUAUUCUAUUUCUAUCCUUAGAAGCAAAAAAGUUAUAGCCAAUGCUUUAGAGUGCUAGAAUCUAGAAUCUUGGGGGAUAUUUUGUAAUGUGAUUAGUCAAAGGAAUCUUAUCAUUCUUGACCACUUUAUUGACAAUCCCAUGACAUUUUAGUAAUAUUGAUGGAAAAUUUUGUCAAUUUU